GCCCCACCAUUAGGCUAUUUAUGUCACUUUUAUCAAAACUGUCUUGAGCCAAAACAAAGGCACUAACAUAUUUUAACAUAAGUCAGGGCUAGUUAUUUUCAGUUAAGACAGCUCAAAAUUCACUUUAGUCUGGGACUAGAGAGUUUAUAAAUGUUCUCACUGAGGCUCUCCAGAACAAUUACGUAAUUGCACUUCGUUUCAGACCCAAGCUUGCAUCUCUCAAUGGCCAUAGAUCAACCUGUUCUGUUCUACAACACAGAAAAUAGUUCAAUAAAACAUUAAUAGCAUAAAAAGUGCCAUUACAUUUCGAGCGCAUUGAUUAAGCGGUAAUUAAGUUCUACAACAUGACUUUGAUCUAUUUAUGAAUUAAAGUUCAAUAUGCCGGAGGGAGACUGACUCAGGGUGAGAACUUGUUUGGCCACCAGCCACAGGGCCUUGGCCAACAGCCAGUUUGACCCUCCAUUUAGGACUUAGUUUGAUUCCAAUAUAUUAAUGAAAUCACUAUAUUAAAUCAAUGAAGCAUUAGGUCUCGUUCGCAUUACAAUCCCAGGCUGCUUUCAAAGUUUUACAAAGUCUUCAGGUGGACCAUGAUCUUCUCAACGUGAGUUUCACUGCUGAUGAUCAGUCACUGACCUAAUAAAGUGACCUAUGACAGAUUGGGAUCUGGGCUUGGGUUUUCUGUUCAUAUAUCUAAAAUUAUCACUGUGAUGUGGGCAGGUAGACGUGUGGUCUGACUACAUUUUCUAAUAUGAGGUUUGUUUUAUUGCAUGUGUUUCCAGAGGAAGUUGGUGUAGGAACAUUUGAUAUUCGUCCGUCUAUACAUUUUCAGUAUCUCUUGUAUCUCAUAUGUGUUGACAUAAUGUCAUCAUUCUUGAAUGUACAUUCAAUCAAAUCAUGUGAUUUUAAGACAAAAGAGGUGGAAAUAAGGAAGGCGUGCACUUUUCACAUCGUUUCAUUGACAUGCAAAUGCAAAGAUGUAGGGUGUCGGGGGGCUGGGGGGACCAGGGUGAUGCAAUUCAACCAUGUUUUUCUCAGCAAAGCUUUUGCGUUUCCAUGGUUACAACCAGCGAGGUGCUCUUCGACUGAAGUUUUUCUCUUUUCAUGUGGGGUUCUCUUGGCCAAAUGGCAGAUGUUUGGAAACGUGCGGUUGAUUUAUGAGUUCUCAUUGCACAGAAAACAUUCAAUGCUAUUGCUUUGUGGUUUACAUUGGCAUGUCGGUGUGUGAGAACUACAUCUGAUUAGUUUGGAAAUAUAUUUAAGCUGUCUGUUGCUUUUUAGACUGUAAACUCUGGCAUGCGCCUGGGAUUAGAACAUUUCAUUGAGGAUUUUAGGUGCGCCCUGAUGCUUGCGUGUUUAGAAGGAAAACUUCAUGGCCUGAACUUUUAUCGGCGCUGAAGUUUGUUGGAGGUUUGCAGUUUGCAGCUGAAAUAUGUUCCAGUUCAUACAGAAACGGAUUCACAAUCACCUGGUGGAACGUAAAAUUCAAAGAUCCCGUCUGGUUACAAAGGAUGGCCAUUGCAACAUUAAAUUUGCCAGCCCUGAAUAUCCCAACCACUAUGCUUUCCUCAUGGACUUCUGGACCACGUUUGUUGAAAUCCGCUGGUGUUUUGUGAUAUUUUUCUUUGUAGCAGCCUUCACCGGAAGCUGGUUCAUUUUCGGUUUACUCUGGUAUUCACUUGCUAAAAGUAACGGAGACUUAAUCCAGAAAUCAUCAGAACCUCACAAGAUGAAAUGCAUUGAGAACAUUAACAGUCUCACUACUGCCUUCCUGUACUCUAUAGAGACUCAGACAACCAUUGGUUACGGAGGUCGUGCUCUCACGGGUCACUGCCCGGGCACAGUCGCCCUGUUAAUCAUCCAGUCCCUCGUGGGCGCCAUAAUAAACUGCUUCAUGUGUGGACUCAUUCUCGCAAAGAUCUCUCUUCCAAAAAGAAGAGCGAAAACAGUGACCUUCAGUGAAACAGCAGUCAUCAGUCUGUGGAAGGGAAAUCUGUGCCUCCAGAUAAGAGUGGCCAACCUGAGAAAGACCCUUCUUAUUGGCAGCCAGAUUUAUGGGAAACUCCUGCGGACCACCAUCACUCCAGAGGGCGAGACCAUCAUAUUAGACCAGGUGAACGUUGAGUUUUUGGUGAAUGCUGGGAAGGACAAUGUCUUCUUUGUUUGUCCUCUUACGCUGUACCAUGUGAUCGACAAGUCCAGUCCGUUUUCAGAAAUGGCUGCAGAUGUUCUUCAACAGCAGGACUUCGAGUUGGUGGUCUUCUUGGAGGGUACGGCCGAAUCCACCAGCUUGUCCUGUCAGGUGAGGACCUCCUACCUUCCACGGGAGAUCCAGUGGGGUCACCGCUUCCUGCCUGUCAUUUCUCGCACCAAAGGUGGAAAGUACCGCGUCGACCUGUCCAACUUCUCCAAAACAGAGCCGGCGGAUACUCCACACUGCGCUUCUUGUUUCCAAAAUGAGCAUAAUAAGGAACUCAUCCUCCAUCAGCACACACAUGAAGGCAUCGAUAACAGGGGAUUUGAUGUUAUUGACCUUCAAGAUUGUGGUGAGAAAGGGGACUGAGCAAGACUUGUGUCGGUUAAACAUCCCUGCAGCGUGUCACUUCAAAUCAUUCUGUGGAAGUUAGACAUUUUGAAGAAAAGGCAACAGCUUGAUAUUCCACUCAAAUGUGUUCAUACGUCAAAUAAUCUGGAUUUGGCUAAAUUUGAUGAGAAAUGUUUGAGUUUAUUUUGAGAUCUUCAAUAAUAUGGGCUCUUUGGUGCUGAUUUGGCAAAUCUGAGCUCAGCUUGUGACAUUGUUGAGAUGUCUUUUGAAACUCUAAUGGAGACAUUUGUUAAAAUUUCUUGG